GUCUGUUGGGCGCGCGCGCCGUGAGAGCCAGUAUUUGAAAUUAAAAUGGCGGAAAAGAAGACAGAACAUGAAGACGGCUGCGGACCUUCCGAUGGAAACGAGACUUCGGUUAAGGACCCCUCCACGGCUAAGAAAAGAUGCUCCUCCCCGAUUUCCGACUCCGCUCCCCUUCUCAAGUGUUCCCGGACAGACUCCCCAUCACAGACGACAGAUUCCGGAGAGGAACAGUCAGAGCCGAUCAAACUACACACGGAGACAGAAAUCAGAGACCCCUCUAAACAGAAUAAAUCCUGGAGGAGAGCCACCAUAACCCGACGCUCCCUCCCCGCUCUUCCCAACCCAUAUGAGGCUUUGUGCAACAGCAUAAAUCCAUCACUAUCCCAAGAAGAGAGACUUGAAAAGCUGUUCGAGGCUUCCAUGGAGAUGGCACUUGAAAGGACUCAAAAUUCACUUGAGUCUGUGCCAAAAGCUUCCCUCGAGUCCUUUAAAAAACAAGCUGAAAACAUCAAGAUGGAGUGGAGAUGCUUGACCAAAAACGUAAUCCGUGAACCACAUGAACUCUCUUCAACUCAAGCAAGUUGGAGUCAACCAGCUGUGCAAAAAGCUAAGGAAAAUGUCCAGAAAGCAAUCAACAGGCUCAAGACUGAAUGUGAGUCUUGGGAGGCACUCCUAAACAAACACAAGAGUAAAGCAGAGGAACUGGAAAAGAUGGUGGAGAUGGGAAAGGAGACGGGCAUAUCUCUAAACUCCACGACCAUUGUCCACUCCUCGCAGUACCUUGUCAUACAGAGUAAACCCAACUACCAUGAUGUCCUAUGUAGGCAACGACCCUUGAUGCAUACUAUGGCCAUGACUAUGGACACCCAGUGUAAAAUAAUACAGCAGCUACUUGCCAUCAAGGACCAAUCACAACUUUUAGUAAAAACGACAAGCAGCCAAUUAGCUGAGGAGGCGGGAUUCCAAGACCUGUCGUCAAACCUUCCGAAUCUGAUGUCGGCACUUAUAAAAAAGGCAACUACAUAACCAAUCUGUCCUCAAAAGAUAAUGCCUCUGUACGACUUGGUCUAACAUUUGUAAAAAGAAAAGGAAAAAAAAGUGCUUUUACAUUUUGUCAUUUUUGUUUGUUUUUCUUGUCCUGUUUUGUAAAGAAAGAAAGCUGUUAAUUUUAUGGUUUAAAAUCUAACUAUUUUUCAUAAAGUGGGAAAUUAUACAUGCUUUUAACCAGCAGGUGGCAGUGGCUAUCUUUUCACCAAUUCAUAUUAAAGGUGGUGAAUUGUCUGAGCAGAUUAUUCUUUUGGGCUUAAUUAAAUGCGUUUUUAUCUGUAAAUCCUGAAACUGUUUAGACCAGUAGCUAAUGACUAACAAAUGUUGCUAAAACGUUGCCACCUUCCUGUAAAUUAAGCUCCCUGUUUGUUGUUAAUGAAAUAAACUAAUAAAGGCAGUCACCUUAA